AUGGAGAACAGGACAGAGGUGACUGAGUUCCUGCUUGUGGGGUUAACCAAUGACCCGCAUCUGCAGAUACUACUCUUCACAGUCUUCUUACUCAUCUAUCUAGUCACACUGGUGGGGAACUUAGGGAUGAUAGAGUUAAUUCUGUUGGACUCUCGUCUCCACACUCCUAUGUACUUCUUCCUCAGUAAUCUUUCCCUGGUGGACUUUGGUUACUCUUCAGCGGUCACUCCCAAAGUGAUGGCAGGACUCCUCCUCCAAGACAAAGUCAUAUCCUACCAUGCCUGUGCCACCCAGUUCUUCUUCUUUGCUGGCUUCAUCACUGUGGAAAGUUUCCUCUUGGCCUCAAUGGCCUAUGACCGUUAUGCAGCAGUGUGUAACCCACUCCAUUACACCACCACCAUGACAACAAGUGUGUGUACACGUCUGGCAAUAGGUUGCUAUGUCUGUGGUUUCCUGAAUGCCUCCAUCCACAUGGGCAACAUUUUCAGGCUGUGCUUCUGUCAGUCCAAUGUCGUAGAUCACUUUUUCUGUGAUGCGCCUCCUCUUCUGGCUCUCUCAUGCUCUGAUACCUACAUCAGUGAGAUGGUGAUUUUUUUUGUGGUGGGUUUCAAUGCCCUUUUUGCUAUUCUAAUCAUCUUGAUCUCCUAUCUGUUUAUAUUUAUCACCAUCUUGAGGAUGCACUCCUCUGAAGGUCGCCAGAAGGCCUUUUCCACCUGUGCUUCCCACCUCACGGCAGUCUCCAUCUUCUACGGGACAGGCGUUUUCAUGUACCUGCAGCCCAGCUCUUGCCACUCCAUGGGCACAGACAAAAUGGCAUCUGUCUUCUAUGCUGUAGUUAUUCCUAUGUUGAAUCCACUGAUCUACAUGCUUAGGAAUGAAGAAGUUAAGACUGCCUUUAAAACGGCCUUGGGGAAAGCAAAGUCUUCUUCAAGAAUCAUAAUUUAA